CGUACUUUGGCUUUGAAUAAUAAGCUAUUGGGUCAGGGAGCGCGUUGCGGCCAUUGUAAACCUCGCUACAUAAACCUCGCACUGCCCUCGUGACAGAUGUUGUUAUAUCGAAUGCGCGGCCCGUGAGUGAUUUUCAGGCUACCUUUGCCAACUUGUUAGCGCCGUGCCUUUUCAGCGGCCGUUCACCGGGAGCAGCAUUGGCUGCGCCGCUCUGCUGCUGUGCUGCUGCUGUGCUGUGCCACUUCAUGCGUCACGUCCCCCCUCUGUACUUUUUUUUGUUGAACCUUUUUUUUCUAGCGUGUUUUAUUGUGUUUCCGCGAGCGGGCGGAAGGGAAGCAUAAUAAUGUCGUCCAUGUGUCAGGAGGGCUACCGCCGGAUGCUGACCCUCCCCGUGCUGUUUCCCUGUUGCAGAUGCGCCGGUAUGGCCGCGCCUGACGGCCAGGUGGUGUGCGCCACCGCGCGAUGGGCGCCCGGGGGCCGGCCCCUCGGCGAGGUGGUGCGCGGCGGCGCGCCGCUGCCGGCCGUGCUGCGCAUCGUGCGCGGCUCGUGCGGCGGGCUGGGCGUGCCCUCGCUGCCGCACCCGAGCCUGCAGCCCACCGUCAUGCUGGUGUCGGCGGGCCGGCGCAGGCAGAUCAUCGCGCAGGCCGUCAAGCUGCGGCCGGGGCGCGGGCCCGUGGCCGUCGGGCCGCGCCUGUCCAUCCCGGAGACGUACGCGGGCUGGUUCGAGCUGCUGAGCGAGGAGGGCCGCGCGGGACGCUGCGUCGAGUCGGUGGCCGAGCUCAGCCGCCGGCCGUGCCCCUGCCUCGUCCGUGAGCCCCUGCGCGCCAUCCUGGCCAAGGAGGCCGUCAAGGGCGACUCUGAUGAGGCGUCAGGGUCCGCGGUCCAGGCGGCGGACUCUUCCCGCACCCUGGCCGUUGGCGAGACCAUCUCCCCCGGGGAGGAGGUGUCGCUGCCUGGCGGCUCCAACCACCCCCGCGGCCGCUACCUCACGUGCUGCACGAGCCGCGGCGACACGGUGCUGCUGUCGCUGGAGCAGCGCGGCCGCUUCUCGCCGCUCGCCAAGGAGCACAACAUAUCCGGCGCGCACUCGGCGCGCACGCUGCUCGCCAAGCGGCUGCCCCUCACCGUCCGGCUGCUGCACGGGCCGCCGCCCCGCCCCGCGCGCCCCCUCACCCGCCCCCGCAAGGCCGCCAACCUGGGCCACUUCACCCCGGACCUGCCGCUGCGGCUGCUGGCCGCGUACGAGGAGGAACAGGUGUUCGCGUACCCACUGCAGAAGGAGAACGCCAGCCUGGUGGCCGUGCCGCUAUCCGCCUCCCUGAAGGUGCUCCGGACUCGCAACGACGAUGUGCUCCGAUCUCUACCCGAGUUCGCACGCGUAGCGGAGAAGUGCACGCGACUGCUGGCCGAGGUCCAGGACCGCAUACACGUCAUCGACGCCAAGGCAUCGCCGUCGCCGUCCUCCCCCGCGGUCGGGCCGGCCUCUGACGGCAAGACGUGGAGGGGCGUGCCGUUCCUGCGGCGGUCGGCGAGCAGCGACGCGGCCAACCUGCUCGCCUCGCCGAGGCCGCACCAGGACGAGAACCGUGCGCCGGGAACGCUGGCCACGGCCUCGUCCUCUCCCAGGCUGUCGGCCUCGGCCGCCGUCACCCCGGACGAGUACGACGAGAUCGACCAGAUCUACGACUACGUCCGCGGCUUCGCCCCUCUGCCAAAGAGCAUCGCGGCCCCGGUGCGGAGCACCUCCCCGCCGUCCCCCACCAGUCCGCCGGCCUCGUCGCCGCGAGGCUCUCCCCCGGGGGCGGCUGUGUCCGGGAGGAUAUCUUCCGGGGCACCAACACCAACGAAGCCGGAGCCACCACCGAUCGAGACCAUUCCCUCGAAAAAGGUGAGCAGCGCCGGAAAGGUACAUGGACACGCGCUCAACGGCGGGCUCAGUCAGGGACAGCUGCUGCUCCACCCGCACCACCCUCACCACCACCUCCACCAGCACCACCACGUCCCGCCCGCCGUGGUGGCGGCCGGCGUGCCGCAGAAGGCGGAGAAGCGCAGCAGACACAAGGAGAGCAAGGGGACGCGCCUCUACCUCAAGCACCUGCCGUCCAACGGCGUCGCGCCCACCGGCCUCGGCCACAGCGCGGCGCGCUACAAGUCGCUCAACAACAUUCACGGUGCCAUGGACCUGGAGACGGCGGGCGCCGCUGGGGUCAUCGUCGCGUCCCCGACACCCCCGCCGGCGCAGGGUCCCGCGGUGGCCGGGGCGGCCGUCGGCACCCUGGACUCGUCCCACUCGGGCGGCAGGACGUCCGGGGACUCCGGGCCCGGCAACAAGCUCCCGGAGAAGCGGUCUCGGAAGCUCUCUCGGCCGAGGUCGCUGACGAACCUCGUGUGGGAGAUGCGCGGGGGCGCACCGCCGGUGGCGCCGCUGGAGGCGCACCGCGGCCGCCUCAGCCUCACGGGCCACAAGCGACUCGGCACCCUGUACCUCUGAGUUGCGGCCCCGCCUCAGUCAACGCCACGGCCCCCGUUACUCGCAUGUUGAUGUCCCCUGCCCGGCUGUUGGGCGUUAUGUAAAUGAUGCUGUUGUUGAUGUUUGUUGUUUACUGCUAUUUUGUUGUGUACUGGAGAGGUAUCAUUGUGGUCUGUUUUUUAAAAGACUUGCUGCCUAUAGCCUUAACAUAAGGAUAUCUCUUGUCAUCGCACAAGUUACCUAAGUCAAAAGUGGUUUGUCGUGAUGUGGAUUUCAGUGGUCUCUCUCCCCCUUUUCCAAUUUUAGUAGUAGGUGCCUUUGAUAAAGGACAAUGUGAUGUGUGUUGAUUAUUUUACUAUAGCUAGUAUUCCAGAUUUUGAGCAUAUAUGUCAGUGUGCAAAAAUGCAUAGCUAAUUACUCUUUAAAAAUUCCAUCAUUCUAGAUUCAUUAUAUUCUGCACCUGAUGAAUUUUUAUCUAUUCGCCUUUUGCCUUAAAAGAAAAAAGUUAAAUAAAAAUUCUAAUUGGGAAAAUACCUCAAUUUAUGAGAAAUGUUGAUCAGAGAAGUACUUGACAUCAGUUUAAAAAACAAAACAAAAAACUUGUUAUUUCAUGGAUUUGUCUCCAAAAAUUUGAUCAUAUUCUCUAGUAGAAUAAAUUGUUACCAUACCAAGUUAUUUGAUAGUUAAUAUUUUAGGCAUGUCAUAAUUGUGCUGUAAGAAUAAGACAAAAAAUUCUGUAAAUAUUACCAAGCUGUUACAACUUCGUUGGCUGUUUGUUUUCUUUCAUACUGCUAUUUGAGGCUUAACAUUGUAGAUGUUGUUGUGUUGUGAUGUAUUAUUCAAGAGACGUUGGAGGACUGUUAUUCUUAUGAGAUGUCAGUGAAAGAGCGGUGUAAUGCUCAGAUUCAGCUCCAGUCAUAGUCUAUAAUGGUAGUGUCAACUCUAUAUGCCAAGAAGUGCCUCUUAGGUUAGCCAUACGAUGCCAUGCUUUGUCAUAAAGUAGUUCAUUGUUCAUGUCAGUUUCCUAACAAUAAUUAAAAGUUUAAAUGCAAA